AUGCGCUUGUGCGACCCCGAUCAACUGAUCGGAAAGAAGCGGCGCAACAAGCUGACUGCUGCCGACACACUAUUUGCUACCUCACGCGCGAUCGCGAUUCUGCGCGACAAGUACGAGGGCCUCAUCACGCAGCUGAAUGACACGCUGACCAAGGCACGCUCUAUCGCUGGCGCAGCGGCGAACAGCGAGCCGCCACCGAAGCGCAUGGCCGCCACCGGCUCGGCGGUCCGCGUGCGUGCGACCAGGGGCUGGUCCGCAUCCAAGCAGGCGAAGCAGGCGAAGGAAGCGGGUGACACCCGCUCGUACGUGAGCGUCAUCAACGACGAGGUUGUGACAGUGGUGCGCUACACGACCGGCGAGGGCGGUGCGUUUGUCGACGCAGAUGGCGACGUCAACCUCGACGCUGCUUGGUUCGAGGUGGAGCUCGAAGACGGCACGAGAGGCCUCGUGCCGGCCCAGAUGUCUAGCGGUUUCAGACGCUUCAAGAAAGUGGAGCAGCCGCAGGCACGCCCGGCACCGGCACCACCGCCGCCACUCUCCUCCGGCGAAGAUUCCGAGGAUGCUGAGGGAGCUGCCGGGCGCGACCAGUACGAUGACCAGUCGGAUGGCGGCGGCGCCGGCGCGGAGAGCUCCGACAGCGAUGAGGUCCAGCCGGAGCUCACCCUCACCACCGAUGGGCGGGGCAAAGAGGUGUACCAGCAGUUUGCGGCGCCGGCGCCGGCGCCGGCGCCGGCCGCGCCGGCGGUCGCCGCAUCAACACAGCCGCCCGCUCCCCCGCAGCUGCCAGCCGGCUGGUCGUCGGCUUGGUCGGCAGAGCACGGCUGCUACUACUAUGGCAACGGCCAAGUGUCGCAGUGGCAGUUCCCUGAGUAG